AACAACGCCGGUGUUAUGACAUACGGGCACUUAGAAUGGGGUAAAUUUUCACAAUACACUAAAGUGUUUGAUGUGAACGUGUUUGGUGUGGUUCGGGUGACCAGAAAAUUCAUACCACUUAUACGAGAGUCAAAAGGUCGCUUAGUGUUCACAACCUCUCAGGCGGGUCGAGUGGCGUUAGACAAUCUCGGCGUGUAUUGUAUGUCCAAAUCGGCGAUCAUAGCGUUCACCGAUGUUUUGCGGCGAGAGAUGCGACCCUUUGGGGUCCGGGUGUCGAACAUAGAGCCCAUGCUAUUUAAGACAGCAAUGGUUGGUUUGGUUAAACAUGAGUUCAACACGAAUUGGUCCGAAACGGACGGUGCAAUACGGGAGGUCUACGGCCAGGAGUACUCCGACCGUUAG